GAAACAUAAAUGUUCACUUUAGAAUUCAAAAUGGUAUCCAAGAUCAGCUUCUUUCUUACUUUAUUAAUAUUCAUCUCGGGAAUAGCCUGGGUGACUUGUGAGGAAAAAUGUGGUACCGAAACGUGUUCGGAAAAAGAAUGCUGUGUGCAGUUGAAGAACCGGCUCUCUUGCAGACCUUUUCAGAAAGAAAAUGAACCUUGUGGAUAUCCUUUCACAUGUUCUUGUGAGCCAGGCUUGAUAUGUGAAGAACAAGUAUUUACUUCGAAGUGCAGACUUGCUAGGAAUAUGACAGAUAUACCCGAUAAAAUCUUUAUAGAAAUUGAUACUGAAUUUCUUUCAUCAAUAGAAGGAAGUGAUGCUCCAGAAAAUCUUUCUAGUACGGAGUAUGUUGAUGGAGCAGAAAAAAAUAAAGAAGCACCUGCUGCAAAUCCUAAAACAGAUGAAGGAAAAGGUGGAAAUAACAGUGAAGAGGAAGAAAGCUCGAAAUUAAUAUACAUUCAUGGCUAGAUUAUUAUACAAUCAUGCCUAUAUAUUGCUUCAUAUUCUUGGAAAAUAAAGAAUUCUGAAAUUAAAUUUGAAAUUAGCUCUGAAAAAAUUAAAUAGCUGACAGCAAAGGAUGGCUUUGUCAGAUUUAUUUUCAUGUUACCUAUUUAAUUAUCUAUUAAAUAUCAAUUAUGU